CCUAAGGCUCUGGGGCCGGCGGCGGCGGCAGCAGGGAGCUGGGAAGCAAGAAGCCGGGAGCGCGGGGCUCAGUCGGGGGGCGGCGGCGGCGGCGGCUCCGGGGAUGGCGGCGGCUCCACUGCUGCUGCUGCUGCUGCUUGUGCCCGUGCCGCUGCUGCCGCUGCUGGCCCAAGGGCCCGGGGGGGCGCUGGGAAACCGGCAUGCGGUGUACUGGAACAGCUCCAACCAGCACCUGCGGCGAGAGGGCUACACAGUGCAGGUGAAUGUGAACGAUUAUCUGGAUAUUUACUGCCCGCACUACAACAGCUCAGGGGUGGGCCCGGGGGCGGGGCCAGGGCCCGGAGGCGGGGCGGAGCAGUACGUGCUGUAUAUGGUGAGCCGGGCAGGCUACCGCACCUGCAACGCCAGCCAAGGCUUCAAGCGCUGGGAGUGCAACCGACCGCACGCUCCCCACAGCCCCAUCAAGUUCUCGGAGAAGUUCCAGCGCUACAGCGCCUUCUCUCUGGGCUACGAGUUCCACGCGGGCCACGAGUACUACUACAUCUCCACGCCCACCCACAAUCUGCACUGGAAGUGUCUGAGGAUGAAGGUGUUCGUCUGCUGCGCCUCCACAUCGCACUCCGGGGAGAAGCCGGUCCCCACUCUCCCCCAGUUCACCAUGGGCCCCAAUGUGAAGAUCAACGUGCUGGAAGACUUUGAGGGAGAGAACCCCCAGGUGCCCAAGCUUGAGAAGAGCAUCAGCGGGACCAGCCCCAAGCGGGAACACCUGCCCCUGGCGGUGGGCAUCGCCUUCUUCCUUAUGACACUCUUGGCCUCCUAGCUCUGCCCCCUCCCUUGGCGGGGAGAGAUGGAGUGGGACUGGGACAGAGCAGGGAGCCUUUGGCCUCUCCAAGGGAAGCCGAGCCUUGGGGCCUAGACCCCUCCUCUGAUGGCUGGAAGUGGGGUCUGCACCAUACAUCUGUGCCCACCCCUUCUGCCCCCUCCCCACCAAGUAGGGCACUGUAGUGGACCAGGCACAGGGACAACCAAGGGUUCCAAGUGGCCUUGUGGCUCUGGUAAUGUUUGGUACCAAACCCGGGGGGCCAUAAGGGGCAGUGUUCAGGACUCCCUGCCCCCUGGUACCUUUCUCUGACCCCUGGUGCCCUCCCCCUUGUCCCCCCCCCCCCGAGAGAGAGACAAAUGUGCCCCAGAGAGAGCAAAUCGAAGUGUGGGAGACACCCCCAAUCCCUCUCUUCCAGGGGCAGAACGUGGGGAGGGGACUGGAUGGGCGAAGGGGUGGCGCCGCCUGCUGCCCCCUUCCCCUGUUUACAGCAAUAAGCACGUCCUCCUCCCCCUACUCCCACUCCCAGGACUGUGGUUUGGAUUGAAUCCAAGUUUACAAGUAGACACCCCUGGGGGGGCCGUCAGUGGACAAGGGUGACAAGGGGUGGGCAUUGGGGUGCCAGGCAGGCAUGUACAGACUCUAUAUCUCUAUAUAUAAUGUACAGAUGGACAGAAUCCCUCCCCCUCCUUAACCCCCUGACCUUCCUUGACAUCCCCUUCCAGCUUCAGACCCCUUCCCCACCAGGCUAGGCCCCCCACUGGGGGACCACCUGGCCCCUCUUUUGUCUUCUGUGAAGACAGGACCUAUGCAACGCACAGACACUUUUGGAGACCGUGAGACAACAACGCCCCCUCCCCUCCAGCCCUGAGCGGGGACCCAGCUCCCAGGACCUUGCCCUGCCCAUCCUCUGUGGUCCCCACCCAUUCUCCUGGGCCUUUUUCAAGUGCUUUGGCUGUGACUUUCAUACUCUGCUCUUAGUCUAAAAAAAUAAACUGGAGAUGAAAAUAA